GAAGCCAGAGGCAGAGGCAUGUGAGAAGCUGCCUCUAGAGUGUCCCCAGGACCUGCUGGAGCCCCCCCCGACCCUGCAGCCCAAGCACUUCCCCUACGGCAGGAACGGGAAGGGGCAUAAAAGGAAGCCGACGUUCGGGAGCGCGGAGAGGAAGACGCCCGUUAAAAAACUGGUGUCCGAGUUCCCCAAAGUGAAGAGUAAAACUCCAAAGCACUCCCCGGGGAAGGAGGAGUCGGGCGGCUCCUUGGCCGAAACUGUUUGUAAACGAGAACUGCGGAGCCAAGAGACUCCGGAAAAACCCCGGUCGCUCCUGGAGACCCCGCUCCGAGCCUCGGCCCCGCCGAAGGGCCCCGGCGCCCACCCCAAGGAGAAGGGCUUGGGCAGUGAGGCCGACGACCUGCCCUAUCUCUCCACCACCGAAAUGUACUUGUGCCGCUGGCACCAGCCGCCCCCGUCGCCGCUGCGGGAGCCUUCCCCGAAAAAGGAGGAGACUGUAGCAAUUCCGUCUUGGAGGGACCAUGUCGUGGAGCCCCUGAGAGACCCCAACCCCUCGGACCUCCUGGAGAACCUGGACGACAGCGUCUUUUCCAAACGGCAUGCGAAGCUGGAGCUGGAUGAGAAACGAAGGAAAAGGUGGGACAUCCAGCGGAUCAGGGAACAGAGAAUCCUACAGCGGCUGCAGCUCCGAAUGUACAAAAGGAAAGGGAUUCAGGAGUCGGAACCUGAAGUUACCUCAUUUUUCCCUGAGCCAGAUGACGUGGAAAGUUUGCUCAUCACCCCGUACCUGCCCGUCGUCGCCUUUGGCCGGCCCCUACCCAAACUGACCCCACAGAACUUCGAGCUGCCGUGGCUGGACGAGCGCAGCCGCUGCCGGCUGGAGGUGCAGAAGAAGCAGACGCCGCACCGGACCUGUCGGAAAUAACGGGGACUCCGGGAGCUCCGAACGCCUCCGGGAGCUCCGCGUGGCACCGCAGGCUCCGCCUCGACGCCCGCUCCGUGCCGACGGAUGGUUUCGUUCCUCCGCCAUCCCAGUUUUGUUCUCUUGGGUUUUGGGACGUUCUCCGGACUCGUUGCCCCCUCCCCUGCGCUGGCACCGGCCGAGGCUCCGCAGCGGCUGCUCCGCUCCCGUGGCCUUGGGAUUUGGGAUAUCGCCGUGGGGAUCACCAGGGCCCAGUCCUGGUGUCUGGAGGUGCCAGCCGCGUCCCCCUGGGACUCGCCCGCCGCUGCCUUCGUGUUGCAUUUAGUUAGAAAACGGGAUAAACAGCGGGGUUUUUGUCGGAGCCAGACGGGAACCGGGAAGUUGGAAGCGCCUGGGAGCCACUUUUGGGGUGUUUUCCCCCAUCUUUGGGGAGUUUUCCCCCUCCUCUGGAGCGUGUUGGCGAGGGCAGAGGGGAGGAGAGUUAAAAAGCAAAAAUUUUUUUUUUUUUUUUUUUUUUGUGAAAUAGAAACCCUGUGCGCACAA